AUGCCUUCCACGGGUGUCACGAUUACCAAUCCUCUAGUUCUCUACCGGAGUCUUAUAACUACUCAAAAGAUCCGACCUGACCCUGCACAGCAUCGCCUCGCUCUACAUCUACAAAAACUCUAUGAUCGACUAAUCGACUAUGAGCCAAAGGCCGAAUACUCACAACGACUGCAGGCACUUAGCCGAGUAGUCGACAGCCAAAAUGCUCCAACAACGUCCACCAAUUCGAAAGUAAACCGCUUCGGCAGGAGAGGUGUAUGGACAUCUCUCCUUGCUCAAAAAGAAAGGAGAGAUUCGGUAGCUUUAACACGCGUUCUCACCAGCCAUGAAGAAGCCAUACAACUUCAAAGUCCCAAAGGGCUCAUGCUCCACGGCGGAGUCGGCACCGGCAAAUCUAUGCUCAUCGACCUCUUCCAGGAAAGCCUUCCUAAUCGCAAAAAACGCCGCUGGCAUUUUAAUACAUUCAUGCUAGACACUAUAUCGAGGCUUGAGCAACUUCGAAGAUCAAGAGCGCUAAUGGCGGGGCCUGGAGAACACCCGGACGAGUACUCGCUGCUUCUAGUGGCGCGCGAUCUCAUCGAAACCUCGCCAAUCCUCUUUUUAGAUGAGUUUCAGCUACCAGAUCGUGCAGCGAGCAAAAUUCUGUCAAAUCUCAUGACGUCUUUUUUCCAGCUUGGCGGCGUGCUCAUCGCAACAAGUAACCGCAUGCCAGAAGAGCUUGCUAAAGCUGCUGGCAUGGAGUUCAAUCGGCCGGUGAGCAGGCCGAGUAGGUUGGGCUGGAACUUGGGGAGGAAUGCAAAUGUUAGGAGAGAUGACGGCGCCGGCCAAAUGGGUGAGUUUUCGGCGUUCUUGGACGUUUUGAAGGCAAGGUGUGAGGUUUGGGAGAUGGAAGGGAAGCGGGAUUAUCGAAAACUUGAAAGAGAAGAGGGUGGCUCAAGGAGCGAGAGUGUUCAGGUGCCUCCCCUCGACAACAUCUCGAGUUCAUCCGUUGCUGCAAUGAGUGGGGCGACGGCCUUGACACCGCGGGAAGACGCUGCCACCGAACCUGCGACCACGCCUUCAGAAGUCACCCUGCCCAAGAACUACCUCAUCCAGCCCUCCACAGCAGAAGAUCUCACAAUCUUUGCAGAAUCCUUCAACACCCUUGUUGAACUUGCAACCCAACACUCUUAUCCGAUCCCAUGGACGCCCUCCAGCCUUACGGUAUACGGCCGUCCCCUUUCCGUCCCCGCGCAACACAAUGGCGUCGCCUUCUUCCAAUUCUCAGAACUGUGUGGCGCUAUCUUGGGACCAGCAGAUUACAUCACCCUAGCCUCAACGUACCACACGUUCAUCCUGACUGAUGUACCUGUGAUGGGCUUUCAGCAGAAAGAGGAGGCGAGACGAUUUAUCACACUAUUGGACGCCCUGUAUGAAGCGAGAUGUAGAUUGUUGAUUACGGCUGUUGCUGGGCCAGAUGAUCUGCUCUUUCCUUUGCCAAAGGGUACGACAACAGCAAGUGGGCUGUCAGAAGAGGCGGAGCAAGGAUUACUGAACGACGCUGUUUAUCCCGAAACGUACUCGGAGAUCUACCAAGAUCUUAAUUCGCCUUUCCGGCCGAACGUGUCUUCCUACAACUCGGACAACCUUGCAGCUGAUGCGCUAGAGGAUGAUCCACCAAAUCGUGUGCGUCGCCCUGGAUCAUCAUUUACCGAUGAGCGCAGACUACAUCCAGGGAUACCCAACUUUGCAGACAUUGGUGGAUUGACUGGCGAGGACGAGAAGUUUGCCGUCAAGCGAGCAGAGAGCCGAAUCUGGGAGAUGUGUUCGGGACGCUGGUGGGAUCGUAGUGUUGAUGUCCACGAAGAAACGGGAUCAGACACGCCAUGGUGGAGACCACUGCCGCUGAGUUCGCGACACUGGGAACAUUCUUCCACUCCGCCCUCUUCCCCUGCCAGUCUCUCACCUAAUGUCAGUAAAGCGCAGCCGCAUGCUCUCCCACCGAAUGUUAAGAUCCUCUCCAAGGACGAAUUGGAGCGCGACCGGCAAAAGGAGUUGGAAGACAUGUUUGCACAUGGUGCUAGUCCGUUCCGCACGCAUCCCGAUGCGCCGCCGAAGUUUAGCGGAACCCAUGCGUGGGGGAUGGUGACGUGGGGUAAGAAGGCAGGUGCUUGGGGGAAGGGCGUCGAGGGUUUGGAGGAACGUAAGAGGGGGGAGGAAGAAGCUCAAAAGGUGGAGGAAGUCAAGGAUAACGGUAUGGAGGGGAAGGGCCGGUGA